AUGACCAGCACGGAAAUAUCCACAGAAAAUGUAGAAACUUCUGCAUCUAAAUCCGAAUAUAAUAAGCAAGGGAAUGAUCACUUUGUAAACGAACGUUAUGCACUUGCUGUGGAAAGUUAUACUCGCGCCCUGGAAAUAACUGAAAUAAAUGAACCUGAAUCUGCAGUCAUGUUUUAUUUGAAGAGGGCAAAAUGCUAUCUUCAAUUAGAAAGAUUUACAGACGCCCUCUGUGAUACUGAGACCAUUCUUACAAGAGAUCCACAGCACACAAAGGCAGCAUUAUUCAGGUCCAAGGCUUUCAUUGCACUUAAGAGAUACACGGAAGCAGUUGAUACUUUAACUAAAUUGAAGAAAGCUGCCAAAGAGUGCAACGAAACGAUCGCUACCGCUCUGCAGCACGCCAAAAAGCUAGUUAUCGAAAGUAGAGAUGGGAAUUACAACAUCGUCGAUAUUCUAGACGAACUCCCUCUCGAAGGAGAAAAUGGUGGAUCUUGUCUCAAUUGUUAUCUGGAUCAUGCAGACUACAUCUCUGACGCUAUCGAACUCCGGGACACGGGAUCGAAGGGCAUGGGUUGGUUCGCCAGUCGAGAAAUCCCGAUUAAUACAUUAGUCAUGGCUGUUAAAGCAUUUUCGGUUGUUUUUUCGAGCGAGGAACCUUUGCAGGUAAACUACCGGCUACGCGAUAUGAUUGCUGAUCGCAUCCGCAAGGAUCCAGAACUUGGAUGUGAGGUGUACAGGUUAUACGCAGGUCCAGACCUCGUUUCUUACUCAAAGAUCGAUAACGAAUCGCUUCGCAAAGUAGACUAUGAUCGGAUUCUCGAAAUUAUUCAUUAUAAUUCGUUUAAUCCUGAUGAUUUGUUCCGCUACUUUAACGACCAAGGUGAUAUGACCUCCGAGUGUGGAAGGGGAUUAUGGAUUGCACCUUCAUUUUUCAACCAUAAAUGCGUAGACAAUAACAUCUCCAAAAUUUUUCUUGGCGACUUUAUGUUCCUCCGUACCAGUCGCGAAAUUCAUAAAGACGAUGAACUUACCAUCCAAUAUAAGUCUCCUUUGGACCCGGAGCGGUCAGAGGAGCUUAGGUCCUACGGGUUCAAUUGUCAGUGCCGACUUUGCCAGCUUGAUAGUUCCGAGUCAUCAGUUGUUUCUCAUCGUCGUGCUGAGCUCCUCGAAAAGUUUGAUACAACCAUCUUUCCUCGUCUUAAACUAGUUUGUAACGAAGGUGUUUCUGAUCCUUCCCUUCUCAAUGACUUUACUCGCCUUGUAACGGAGUUGCGUGGCCUACGCAGAAAAAACCAGGACCUUGACUUCCCAUCAAUUCAGCUACGGCAUUACCUAACUGAACUCCUGCACCUCCUUGGAAAGUAUGAUAAGGAGGCUGAAGAAUGUUCUCAGUUAUUUCACUUUCAUGUGCGGCACGACACAAGGUUAUCUUGUAAAGUAGCAUUCAAGCUAGCGACCCUCUCCACCAUGGGAAUCUCUCAAGAUAUCGACUGGUGCGCUAUGUGGUUUGCAGGACUGCGAGUGCUGUUAUACGUAGACGAUAAGAAGGGAAAUUAUGGGGACGCCCAACACGCAGACAUCAUAAAGAUUGCCCAAAAGUUUUUUAAGCAAGCAAUAUUGAUAUAA